CCGAAGACAAAACAUUAUACUCGAUUUUAUUUGUUAACCGAUUAUGGUAUAAGUGUUCUGCACCUAUAUUAUGGAGAGAGAUUGAAUUUUACGGUAGUAGAAAAAAACCAUCUAUUUAUUGGAAUAAAUUCGAACAUGUAAUUCACACACAAAACUCCUUUUAUGCUUCGAGAUUAAUUGAUUUUUGUAUUUCUGGUUGCAAAAUAUCUGAUAGAACCUUAUAUCAAAUUCGAGAUCAGUGUCCAAAUUUGCAAUAUUUAAUAAUAACCCGUUGUUAUGGAUUUUCUAGCAAGACUUUAGGAAAAAUUGUAAAUCCUAGUUUGAUCCAUCUUAGAUUAUACGAAAAUAACAGAAAAUAUUGGCAUAUCAGUGACGAAACUAUUAGUGAAAUUGUAGCGAUAUGUCCAAAUUUAAUACAUAUUUAUAUAAGUUAUAGUAAACAAAUUACAGAUAUAUCAUUAAUUGAAAUUGCAAGAAAAUGUCAAAGAAUAGAGUAUAUUAAUAUUGGUGGUUAUAAAAUUUCUGAUAAAUCAUUAAAAAAAAUCGCCAAUUCUUGUCCAAAGCUUCAAUAUCUCCACCUACCCGAUUGUUGUUGUAUAUCCGAUAGCGGAAUAAUAGAAAUUGCAAGCUCACAUUCUAAUUUACUUAGUCUUUCUUUUGAAGGUAGAGGUCUCGAAGGUUGUGAGAUUACAAACUUAUCUAUAAAAAAAAUUGCUGAAUCAUGUCCCAAACUCCAAUAUUUUAAUGUAUCAGAACGGGACAAUAUAACUGAUAAAUCUAUUUGUAUAUUACUACAAUUAUGUCCCAAUUUGCAAGAACUUAUUCUUGAACAAUGUAAUAUUACCGAUGCAACUAUUAAUGCUAUUAUAAAUUUACGUCACAAUCUUCAAAAACUUAAUAUCAUAUAUUGCGACCAGGUUUCAAGAAAUGCAAUUUCAAGCAUAAAAAGUUUUAAUCCUGAAAUUAAACUUCGAAGUAAUAAAUGA